CGGCGCGGCGCGGCACAGCAGUUCCCCUGGCGCCCGGCUCCCUAGCGUUAGACGUGCUGUGUUGUGAUCACGUGGGCAGCUCUGGGCGCGGCGCUUGUUUUGGUUUCCGUCUAACUUGCCCACGGCAGCUUCGGAGUGAGCGACUUUCCUGCACUGGUUGACGCGCCUGCCCACACCCUGACCCAGGCUUCGGGCUCUCUCAGCCCGCAGUUUUGCAAGCCCCUGGGGCGGGCUCCUGCCAUGCCGCUGGUCCGCUACAGGAAGGUGGUCAUCCUCGGAUACCGCUCUGUAGGGAAGACAUCUCUGGCACAUCAAUUUGUGGAAGGCGAGUUCGUGGAAGGCUACGAUCCUACAGUGGAGAAUACUUACAGCAAGAUAGUGACUCUUGGCAAAGAUGAAUUUCACCUACACCUGGUGGACACAGCAGGGCAGGAUGAGUACAGCAUUCUGCCCUAUUCAUUCAUCAUUGGGGUCCAUGGUUAUGUGCUCGUGUAUUCUGUCACCUCUCUGCAUAGCUUCCAAGUCAUUGAGAGUCUGUACCAAAAGCUACACGAAGGCCAUGGGAAAACCCGGGUACCAGUGGUUCUAGUUGGGAACAAGGCAGAUCUCUCUCCAGAGAGAGAGGUACAGGCAGUUGAAGGGAAGAAGCUGGCAGCGUCCUGGGGUGCGACAUUUAUGGAGUCAUCUGCUCGAGAGAAUCAGCUGACUCAAGGCAUCUUCACCAAAGUGAUCCAGGAGAUUGCCCGUGUGGAGAAUUCCUAUGGGCAAGAGCGUCGCUGCCGUCUCAUGUGAGCCCUCAGGUGUGGGGUAACUGCCUUGUUUCUGCCCCUGGCACUUGCUAUGUUCCAGCGGGGGCAGACCCUCAGGACUUCAUGGGUAUGUUUGCCAGCUGUGUUCCUGGCCCCUGGGCACACAGUGUGGCAUCCUCAUGUUUGCACACUUUCCCCAGGCUCCAGUGGCCUGGAUGUCAAUGUUUACAAAGGGGCAAGGACAUCUCAUGGACACUGGCCCUCUAUCCCUCUGUUUUUGCUAGAUGAAUUCUGUUAUAACCUAUGGGGUUAGAAUAUGAGUCCUGGGCAUUAUUUAUCCAGAACCCAUCCUCUUGGGUGGGUUUUGGGUGUUGGCUCAGUAAGGGGAGCUGGGGACUCCUGAAAUAGAGCUGACUCCCUGGGGUGACAAUGUAUACAUGCAAAUAAACUGAGAAAUCUUUU